AUGCUGAUAUUUAGCAUUUUUCAAUUAAAUAUUGGAAUUUAUGCGAAUGACCUAAAAACUAAUUAUCAAGUAUUCGUAAAUAUGCAAGAGGAAUUAGGACGAACUGCAGUGGUAGCUGAUUUGAGAAAAUUGUUUGUUGAAGCAGUGUCCCAAACUUCUUCCAAUUUAAUUAUCAAUUCAAAUUUUGAGUUACAAUUUAAAUUUCUUGAACCAAAUCCUUUAUUUUUUCUUGAUACAUCAAAUCCACAUGAACAAUAUUUACGAGUGAAUUCUCGUGUGAACAGAGAAGCAGUUUGUUCAUCUGAACAAUUAUGCUGUUCAACAGGUAUUAGUUUCAAUGAAUACAACAAACAAUCCCCGGUAUUAGAUACAAAGCCAUGUAUUAUAGUUCUUUUACUUUUAGUUGACUUAGUAGAUAUUCGUAACAGACAGAAUAGUUUCAAAGAAUCUAUAUUACAGAUUAAUAUACACGUUUUGGAUAUAAAUGAUAAUGCACCUGAAUGGAGUGCUCAUGAAUCUCUUACAAUUUCAGCUCAACAUGUAGAUAAAAAUUCAAUUAUAUAUAAAAAAUUGCUAGAACUUAACAAACUUAUUCCAAAAUUAGACUUAACUAUAACAGAACAUACUGACAUAGGGACACGUAUCGCUUUACCUCAAGCUGCUGAUCCAGAUGCGAGACCAGAGAACACGACUUCCAUAUAUGGAAUAUAUGGACAAACAACUAAUGGAGCUUUCUCUUUAGAUUGGGACACAGUACCUGCUGACACUGAUUCUGCAUCACAUAAUACUGCUUCUGGUUUAUGGUUAAGGAUAAAUAUGGAUUUAGAUUAUGAAAAUCAGACAGUGCAUCAAGUUUUAAUCUAUGCUUCAGAUGCGGGUAAACCUUUACCCUUAACUGGAUAUCUAUUUAUAAAUAUCACAGUGACUGAUAUUAACGACCAUCCACCAUUGUUUCUUAAGAAAUUUGAUGAAAUUUGGAUUAAAGAACAUUCACCAAUUCGCACACAAAUUUAUCGUCCAAUAGUAACAGAUAAAGAUAUUACAGAUAGAUCACGUCUUAAAUUUGGUUUCUCACCAUCCAUUUUAGCUGACACAAAACAGUUAUUUCAAAUAGAUAAAAUGACUGGAUCAAUAUCGCUUUAUGGUCAAGUUGAUUUUGAACAUAUACAUAAGCAUCGCUUACCCAUAUUUGUUACCGAUGGCAAGUGGACUGAUGAAUCAGAACUGAUUGUCAAUGUUGUGAACUUAAAUGACCAUAUACCAAAAAUUCAGUUGCAUUCUCCAUUGAAAUUCAAACAGAAUGAUCGGAGUUUUUAUUUUGGUAGCACCUUGGGUGACAGUCUACAGUCUUCACGAUUUCAUUUAACUAUUGUCAUCAAAGAGAACGGUCCACCUGAUCAGUUGGUUGCCACGGUGACGGUAACGGAUAAAGAUCUAACUGCUGAACUACGUGCAAGGGAACUAAACUAUGCGAGUUCAGUAAAAGAAAUGCCAGUUGUUUUUUCUCAACGUUCCUUACUAAAAUCAUCAUCGGAAAUGAACCAUUCACAAAAUUUUAGACAACCACAGAUUCUUGAACCAGUAUGCAAAGUAAACCAUAAAGCAUUUCAAAUUAAUCCAUUACAGGUCGGUGAGAACUUAAUGGAGAGUGGAAGGCUAAGGUACAAAAUUAAUUUAGCUGGAGUUUCUUUAGAUAGAGAACAAGAAGCUAGAUUUUUUGUGCCCAUAGAAUGUCAUGACAAUGAUGACUACGAUAAUGGAUAUCCCUUUAAUGCAAGAAAUGACCAAGCUAUGUUACAUAUAUCGGAAUACAAAAGGCAUACUUCAACGGCUAUUUUAGAAGUUAUCGUCGCAGAUGAGAACGAUUGUUCUCCAGUUAUUAAAGGGCCUUUAACAGGUACCCUAGAGGAGGCGGCACCUAUUGAUACUGUUGUUCUUAAGCUAAGUGCUGAAGAUGCUGAUGACCCGACAACAAAUGCUGGAAAUUUAGGUCUUCGUUACAUGCUACUUGGUGAAGGCCAACCUCAGAUUACCAUUAGUAAACAAGAAAACUCUGAUGAAGAUGGAUCUACAAAACUCCAAAAUUUGAAUUUACCACCGCAACCAUGGUUUCAGUUAAAUUCGAUCACUGGUGAACUAAAAGCUUUGGUGAUUUUUGAUAGAGAAAUGAUAAAAUCAAUCUCUUUGCCUAUUGAAGUUCGUGAUGGAGGAGACAACAUAAAAAGAAUACCCAAUAUAUUUAUUGAGAACGCUACAACUAAAGUUAACAGCAUUAAUGCUACCAUAACAAUCGAUAUUAUUGACGUUAACGACUGCAUACCUUCAUUUACUCAACAAAUAUAUGAAUUCAACAUUAGUGAAGACGCAAGGCCUCCAAUACGUAUAGGUAAAAUUGAAGCAUACGACUGUGAUAUAGACGAAACAAACAGAAAUCUUAAUUAUUGGCUUCAAUCAGUUCAACAUACCAUGCUUACUGAAAAGUCAAAUCUUCCAAUUGAAAAGGAUUAUUUUACUAAAAAUACUAGCUAUCUUCCAGCACAUUCCACUUUAACCAACUGGUUUUCUAUAUCAAAGUCUGGUGAUUUAUACUUUCGUAUGCCACAAAUAAAUUCUCAACUUAGUAGUUCUACUUUAAUUGAUCCAUUAAUGCCAUUAGAUCGUGAAAAAUUAGAAUUAAUCAUAAUGGAUUUAUUUGUUAAAGAUAGUGGUAAACCAUCAUUAACUGGAUCAGCUCAGAUUGUACUGAGAAUAUUAGAUGUGAAUGACAAUGCACCAGAAUGGGAAUUUCCAAGAGUUCAACAAAGAAUGAUUAAUCUUAGUACAGAUGCGGCUGUUGGACAUAGAAUUGUACAGUUAAUUGCUACUGAUCCAGAUGAAGGUCUACGAGGAAAAGUGACAUAUAAUUUACUCAGUGGUAAUGAGGGUGGACAAUUUGAACUGGACUCAGAGAGUGGAUGGUUAUAUUUAGCUCAACCAUUAAUAACAUAUUCUUCGACAGUUGAAUCUAAUGAUGAUACUACUCAUAAUAAUAAUAAUAAUAAUGGUCAACAGUCUAGCUCUAAAAGAUGGCAUUCUAUUACAACUUCAAUGUAUCGUUUAUAUUUACAAGCAACUGAUCAUGGUGUACCACCAAAAACUUCAUCAUCUGUUUUAGAUAUUUUUGUUCAAAAACCAUUUUUCUCUUCAUCUUCGUUAAAUGGACCACAAAAAUCUCGAUUAAAAAUUUACGACCAAAAAAGCAAUACAGCUAAUAAUCAUAAUAAUAACAAUAAUAAUAAUGGAAUGAAUGAUUAUGAAACAGAAGAAACAUUGAAAUUAUCAUCACAUUCUAUAAACAAUGAUGUAUCAAAUUUAUGGAGUUCUCAGUUGCAUCAAUCUCACAGAGGUCUACUACUUUCUUCUGAUUUAUUAAUAUUAAUUGCUAUGGUGAUAGCUACACUAGCCGCACUUGUUUUAAUUUUCAUUCUGUUUGUAAUAGUUCGAUGUCGUAGCGCAAAAACUCAACAAACAAUAAGAACAACUGAGUCUCCAUAUUCGUUUAAUGAUUCCCAACAUAAUCGAAUACACAAUCAACAAUCCCAACUUUCUUCUACUUCUACACAUUGUAAUAAAAAAUGGCAUAUUAAUUUUGGUACAUCAAGCGAUUUAAGAAGAAAUAAAUUAAAGAAAAUUCUUCCUGAAUCACAUUUCAGUUUAUCUCAAUGUUUACGUUCCCCCCAACAUGAUUGUACAUUACCUUGUCAUAAAAGUCAGACACUAAGAUCAGGUUGUCUCAGUGGAGCGAGAUACCCUUCGGAACAAGUGAAUCAAGAUGAUGACUGCAGAUUAACUCCAUUAUUAUUACCAAGUACUUCAAUGAAAUCCGACCAUCAAUCGGAUGAUGUAACUGUCUACUCAACUCGUAUUCCAGUAUCUCUUUCACUUCUUUCGUCUGGACCAAGCAGUUUGGAUGAAAACUACAAGUCAAAUGAUUACAGUAUCUUACUGCAUACUGGACAUUUCAUAGAACCUAUUUUAGCUCAACCACAAUGUACUCACCGUUAUUUAAACAAUGUUCAAUCAUUCAAACAAAAUUACGGAGGGAAUGACAAUGAAAAUUGGCUUCGAUCUAAUCCUACUUGUACUUUAUUAUCAACUAGACAACCUCUCUAUUUAGAUAACAAUACUAAUAAUAGUGACAAUAAUGUAAUUUCAUCGAAUACAUUUACUUCACGUAGUACACCUCAUAUCACUGUCUGUCCACUUAAUACUAAUAAUACAGCAGAUGAUAAUAAUGUUAAUGAUGUUAAUACUGAUAAUAAUGGAAUGAAGAACAAUUUAAGUGACCAAACAAAAUCAAUUUAUUUAACUGGUAAUGAACAAGUGAACAAUUCAAUGAAUCACACAUAUACACCAUUGAAAUGUAAUCAACAUUCCGUUAGUACAUCAGAACAAAAACUUACCCGAGAUAAUCAUAAUUCCAGUUUUGUUUAAAUGAUUUAUUAUAUAUAUAUAUAUAUAUAACUAUAUAAAAUAUUUUAUAAAACACAUCCUUUUAUCCCUGUUAAUUUUUAAUAUUAACAUAUAUACAAGCGUAUAGUAGCUUAUUCCAUGAAGUAUUAAUUUAGUUUACAAUCUACCUGGUGUAUGUCAACUUUUAUUCCGUUCAUUUUCUUCAGUUAAAUGUUACAAUAUAUAAUGUAUUAAAUUUUUAAUUGAAUAAUUAAUUUCUUAAAAUUAUUUAUUAAUUAGAGACGUUAAAGAGAUGA